AUGCCUCUCUUCCUCUUGCUGCUCCUGCUGCCAAGCCCUUCACACUCCCACCCCAUCUGUGGCAUCAGCAAAGUGGUCAGCGAGGUGGAAAUGAACUGUGAAAAUAAGGGUCUGAAGGCACCGCCUCCAGAUCUGCAAGCAGAAACCAACAUCCUCCGCCUGGGUGGGAACCCUCUGGGCACCUUCUCCAUGGUGUCCAUGGUGAAUCUGACUCACCUCACUCAGCUGCACCUGGAGAAGAGCCAGCUGACCAGCCUGCAGACUGACGCGACGCUGCCCCGGCUGGAGACCCUGAUUAUAUCCCACAAUACGCUGAGAAGCCUGCCCUUGUUGGGACGGGCGCUGCCGGCACUCUAUACCCUGGACGUCUCCUUCAACGAGCUGGCCUCAUUGUCUCCUGAUGCCCUGGAUGGCCUGAGCCACCUCCAUGAGCUCUACUUGCGUGGCAACAAGCUGAAGACUCUGCCCCCCCGGCUCCUGCAGCCCACGCCCAAGCUGAAGAAGCUCAACCUGGCUGAAAACGGGUUGAGUGAGCUGCCCCCUGGGUUCCUGGAUGGGUUGGAAGAACUUGACACCCUCUACCUCCAGCGGAACUUGCUGCGCACAAUACCAAAGGGCUUCUUUGGGGACCUCCUCCUGCCUUUUUCUUUUUUCCACGACAACACCUGGUUCUGUGACUGCGGGAUCCUCUAUUUCAGCCGCUGGCUGCAGGACAAUGCCAACAACGUGUACAUAUGGAAGGAGGGUGUGGACGCCAAGGCCAUGACCCCCAACGUGACGAGCGUGGGGUGUGUCAAUUUGCCCAACACGUUUGUCUACACCUACUCAGGGGAGGGCUGCCACACCCCUGGCGACAGGGACAGCAUAGACUACGAUGUCUACGAAGAGGAUGACAAGGUGCCUACCACAAGGGCUGCGGGCAGCUUCUCUACCCACACCAGCGCCCACACCACCCACUGGGGCCUACUUUACUCAGUGCCGACUGCUCCGCUAGGCCCCCAAGUGUCCUCCUUGCCUCCAACUAAGGAACAGACCACGUUCCGAAUUUCUACAGGACCCAUCACAUUCUCCAAAACUCUAAAACCCACCCCAGAGCCCACAGCCCCGAGCACCCCAGAGCCCACAGCCCCGAGCACCCCAGAGCCCACAGCCCCAAGCACCCCAGAGCCCACAGCCCCGAGCACCCCCGAGCCCACAGCCCCGAGCACCCCAGAGCCCACAGCACCGAGCACCUCAGACCCCACAGCCCUGAGCACCUCAGAGCCCACAAGCGAGACCUCAGAACCCACCAUAUCCUUAACCUCCACAGAACCCACUUCACUUCCCACUAUCUUAGAAUCCACCACAGCCACCAUCUCUGAAUUUGUCAACCUCCUGAAGGCCCAGGGGGUGGCUCAGUGGAAUGCGGAGAGUUCCAGAAACAACCCUAUCCUCAACUCUGACUUCUGCUGCCUCUUCCUGGGCUUCUAUAUCUUGGGUCUCCUCUGGCUCCUCUUUGCCUCUGUGGUCCUCAUCCUGCUGCUGUUCUGGGUCCAGCACGUGAAACCACAGGCCCUGGCCACAGUCACGCACACCUCACAUCUAGAGCUGCAGAGGGGAAGGCAAGUGACAGUGGCCCGGGCCUGGCUGCUUUUCCUCCGAGGCUCGCUCCCCACUUUCCGCUCUAGCCUCUUCCUGUGGGUGCGGCCUAAUGGCCGUGUGGGGCCUCUGCUGGCAGGACGGCGGCCCUCAGCCCUGAGCAUGGGUCGUGGUCAGGACCUGAUGGGGACAGUGGGCGUUAGGUACUCUGGCCACAGCCUCUGA